AGCAGGUCCAGCGAUGCUUAAAGCACUAUCAAGAAAAUAUGCGGGUACUCUUUAAUCCCUUCGUCCAAAUCAUACUAGUAAAGUCAACUGACUUCCGUAGUAAUGUUAUGAGAAUUUGUUAUUUGUUGAAAGAAUGUCGACAUUUUUUUUUUGUUUCAUUUGUUUUGAGGUGUAGUAUCAAUCUAUCACAGAUGGAUAUGCAUGAUAUUGUGUACAACUUUAUCGCGUGUGUAAGUAUCAUAGUGACGAGUUACUUAGCUCGGCCGUACUUACAGAAGAUGGGAAAAAGAAUUCAGUCACAUAAUAUUACAUGCCUACGUCAACAUCAUACAGGGGCCACCACGGUCCUUCGUUGUUCACAAAUUGGACCAGAACGCGUCAGUGAGAAAUAGGCAUGUGGGCGUCUCGUGGUUCUGGUUCUGCCUUCAUCUAGUUGCGGUUCUCCGUAUGCUUGCUCAUGUCAGGGGCUAUGACCGAUAUACAUUUUUUGGUGCUACUGGCCUGCCCGCAUUUCCAGGGUGACAUUCACUUUCCCAUAGAGUGCAUGUUAAGAUCGAUGGGUUGGGGUCGUGAUUGCAAUCUAAAAUCUUUGGCGUAACGACGCCGUCUUUUAGAGAAGGAAGCUCAGUUGUCCAGUCCUCGCGAAAACGGCGCGUCGCCUUCUUCGCGCGCUCUACCGACGGCACUAGAUGAAGCAAGGUGAGAUAUUUUGUACUAGCAGGAGCCCAUCUGAAUCUGAAUCUGAACGAAGUCAGCUUCCGGGAAGGAGCUUCAAGAUUAUUCAGUAUCCUAAUUUUUCUGGGUAUGAAUUGUGAUCGAUGUGUGAAGAUAGGACAGUUCUUGCACAGGAAAUGUAUUGAGCACUUAGGACUUUAGUAAGUUGUAAAACAGGGUAGUGAUAUGCUUUCGAGCAUAUUUCGUUUUCGUGCGCGUCCGCAAGCAAUUCUACAUGAUUUGCAGUUCGUACUUGAUAUGAUGCAGCUGCACAUAAUUUCCGUUCAUCACUCUCUAAGUUGGCAAAGAAUCCCUCUUCUACUUGUUGUUCCUAAAACUGAGGAUCCGAAGGAAUAUCUUCGUGACCAUGUUAACAUGGGGGAUGAAAAAGAAGAAGGUGAAGAAGGAGAUCGUGGUGUUAGUCCAGAAAAAAGCGAGCUUAUUCACCGGCAUGGCGCCUCCUGGCUGCAUUGUACGCAAAGUAUUCGGGAAUUGCAUGCUUUUUUCCAGCGCAAGGCGCGAAUGCAGGACGAGGCGAAACUCGUAGAAAAGCCAGAAGACAGUCUUGUUCGAGACCGAGGAGUACAAUUGUUAGACAAAGAUGGUGGUAACUAUCCGCAGCUGCCUGGGAUGCAAGAGUUUCUGGAGCACUUAGACGAAGAUGAGCGCGACUUUAGAGAUUACGAUCAUGGUGACUGGUUCCGCUAUAUCAAAUACUGGGAACCUCAGGAGGACGUUCGAGUCUGGUCACCUGCAGAUGAACGGCAAUUUCAAGAAGUGCGUGCCAUAAAUAUUUCCAAUUUCAAUCGGGCGGGAGCAAAUAUGUUUAAUGGUUUUUCUCUGUCUUGGGCGCGAUUGCUUGAACUGCGAAACAUACAAGAGGCCCGAAGAGCUCGCUUCUGGGGUGAUUACGCUGAUUUUAUGUGCGGAAGCCGGGAAUGCAUCUGGUUUGCCGCUGAAACGUUCGGCAAAGAUUUUGUGCCUGACGCUGUGCUUGGUCAAGAAUUUCAAACAAAGUAUGACCUUCACCUUGUGAAAAAUAACGGGAAGAAUCCGGGGUACCAGGUCCGUGCGAAUGAGCGCCGCCGCUUGAUGGAGAGAGCACUUCUUUCUGAUGAGGAUCGAAAUGUUGGCUCCGAACCUCAAUCUGAGCCCGAUGUGUGGUCAGGUGGGAUUUCCUAGUAACCGCCAAUCGGAAAACAAAAUAGUGGUCCUCGUUCUGCAUCAUCAUGACAGUUUAUGCUGCCUCGUCCUCCUCAGCGUGCGUUGCACUGUAUUGAAACGGCGAGAUACAUUCACCUCGAUUGUUGGGCAUUUAUUAUUAUUAUUUUCAUCCCCUGAAGUGAUAACUGAAAACAUAAAUUUUCUGUCAAGGAUCUCUGUAGCUGUGUGGGUUGUCCUAGCCAGAUAACGGACGUGCAUUUAUACUUCUUGUUGGCCACAAGUUGUAUAGCAUCGGGAGGCGUUACUGCAGAGGGCGCUGAAGGUAACACCCCUGGCAUGGCCGUCUUUUCGUGCCCAACUGUUGGCACGAUCGCUCUCGGUUAUCUUCUCCCUUCUGCCUGCUUCUAGACAUUCUCUCUCCUCCACCUCUGAGUCAACCUCUCGUCACAUGUUUUUGAGUUUCAGCAUUUAAUGCGCCUCUAUUUUAAAAAACUGGUUACUAAUUUCAUCUCCUUUUGAUUUUGUUCAAGAGAGAGGCAAUUCUUCUUUGUGUAAGCAGGUCUACGUGCAUAUUUUUGUCAUGAUCCUCAUCGUUUUCAGUGCAUCUAUUAAGGUGUUUAUAGCUGACGAACACACGCAUGGGCCAUUGUUUCGGCUUUGGACUCUGUUGCGAUGAAACUCGAUGAUUUCUACACCUUUAGUACUUGUGGUAAUCUUCACUAUGCGGAAUGAGGUACAUUUUUUUUUUCGCACAUUGAACGUGCUGACUGCUUGUGGUGCAAGGCUGGAAUCAGCAAAACAAGCAGUCAAUCUGAAAAAGAAGGACAACUAAUUUUUUGGUCACUCACACAUCAAAUCGUAGCCACGAAUGAAGAUGUGUGAAAACGAAGGCCUUCCUUUGACGACUUGGUUGAAAAUCACGAAAACACCUUGCCAAUGGGUGUUAUGCUUCGC